AUGGAUGGAGGAUGGAUUUCAAAUUCCCCAACGGUUACGACGGCACUCAACAGUGAAAACUCGCUAGGCAAGAGUUUGGACCUUAACAAGGAGAUCGCCCUGGAAAAGGUGCUGGGAAUGUGGUGUAACACCGACACCGACGAGUUUCAGUUUAAACUAUCGAAAGAGCGACAUGUAGACCUGCUGUCCGGUGCCAAGCAUCCAACAAAGCGGGAGCUACUCAGCAUGCUCAUGUCCGUUUACGAUCCACUAGGCCUGAUUGCCAACUUCCUCAUGCCCCUGAAACUCUUGCUACAGGAGAUUUGGCGGUCAGGUGUAUCCUGGGACGAGCCGAUUGAGUUUCGUCAUAUGCAAAAAUGGAGAGCAUGGCUGAACUAUCUCCCCCAAGCAGGUUCCGUUCGAAUCCCACGAUGCUAUACCAUGGGACGCACAUACGAGAAUUUGAGCAUUGAGCUGCAUACAUUUGUGGAUGCAAGCGAGUUCGGCUACUGUGCUGUGUCGUACCUGCGGUUUGAGCAAGGCGGACAAGUCGAUUGCGUCUUAGUGGGCGCCAAAACAAGGGUGGCUCCCCUGAAAUUUGUUUCAAUACCGCGUCUGGAACUCCAGGCGGCUGUAGUUGGAACCCGACUCGCCAAAAGCAUCCAAGAAGGACAUUCAAUUAGAAUAAUGCAACGCUACUUCUGGACAGAUGCCGCUGAUGUAUUGUGCUGGUUGCGUUCAGACCACCGGACAUACUCACAGUUCGUGGCUUUUCGGAUAAGCGAUAUUCUGGAGUCCAGCGAUAUUAGCGAAUGGAAAUACGUACCAACCAAGGAAAACGUGGCAGACGAAGGCACAAAGAUUCAGCGACAAAUAAGACUUGAUGCAGAAAGUCGAUGGAGAAGAGGACCACCGUUCCUCUGGGGACCGAGAAACAGCUGGCCACUGGAGCCGGUAUCAAAGCAGAUGACCACAUUGGAAAUUCGACCGAGCAUGCUUCAUCACUCCGCAAUGUCGACUCUUGAUUGCCUACAGGCCGACAAGUUCUCCAAUUGGCAUCGUUUGCAACGGAUCACUGCUCUAGUAGCAAGAUUCCCGUUGAACAUAAGGUACAUCCACUCUUCCAAAGGGAAAUCGACUCUAUAA